GCAGAUAUCCAGGUUAUUCAAAGCACUGUGUGAAUGAUUGCCUGACUUGCGGGGCGUUGUUUAGUGUGCUGGCCCAUGUAGCCCAUUUUGACAAUAAUUUACGGGAUCGCUCUUUACUUAGAGAUGCACUCGCAACAGUGAGCGUGGACCACUUAGUGACAACAUUAGUUGAGAAGAGAGUCCCUCACUGGAAUACGACAAUAAUCAUAUUUUAUUGAGCUCCUAAACGGAUUUCUUCAUCAUGGCCAAUCAGCCUCUUCCGCUGUCACAGGAGACUUUGGCUCAGUUCAAUCGCUCCCUGGCCACAGAACCAGGUGCCUCAGGGCCUCCGAGGCGACGUCUGGGCUCCAUCUCCACCCGCCGAAGCUCCAAAGACCAAUCCAAGGACCAGCCCCACCACAGACCCCUGUUCCUCAGAGGCAUGACGGGUCUCUCGUCAGAGUCAUCGUUCCUGAGCCCCAACGUCAGCGCUUCCCACAUCUCCAUCGGCAAGCGGUUCUCAUUCGCCGGCUGGCACCAGGGAGGAAGAGUGAGCUUCUCUGGACUCUACCUUCACCAACCCAUCCAAGAGGUCUAUGUGGAGAACACCUACAGAAUGGGACCAGAACCAGGGUGCCACUUCAGCGCCAGCAGGACCCAGCAGAUCUUACAGGCCACUUUGGAUAGUUAUUUGGAAGGUGUGAGUUACAGUCCUGACAGUUGUAGCCAGCUGUGUCAGAUGGUAGCGGAUCUAGUUCUCAGUAAGCUAAAAGAUGUCAAUCCGCCACGGUACAAACUCGUGUGCCAGGUGGUGGUCGGACAGAAUGGUAAACAAGGCAUAAGGGUGGCGAGCCGUAGCCUGAUCAACCCCAACACUGACAACUACACAUCUGCUGUUUUCCAAAAUCACUCACUGUUUGCUGUGGCUAUUGUACACGGCAUGUACUUUGAAUGAAAGUUAAAUCAGCAGCCCUUAUUAUGCGUGUACAAAAUGCAUACCUUUAAAACAAAUCCCUUUAAAAAUUCAAAGAAAUAAAAUGACACAACUGGUCAA